AUGAAAUCCUAAGCUUUAUUCUAUAUAGAAAUUUAUAAAAAUUGUUUUUAACGAUAAUUUUGCUGCUCAAUUAAUAGAUAAAAAGAACGUACUAGAUCAAUUAAAUAAAUAGGAUAUUGAACUUUAUUUUAAUUUCAGUCUCUCAAGGAUUAAUCAGUUUUGAUUAAAAUCAAGUAGAUACUCAGCCAUUUAGUUGUGGCACAGGAUAUUCAAAAAUAAAAUCAGUAACAUUUUCCAGCCCUUUUUGCUAAUAUACCUUAAGUAAUAUUGAAUCCAAUAGUUUUUGAUUUUGGAACUGCAAGCCUUUAUUUAUAAUCGAUCAUUGAGUUUUAAAGUAUAAGUUUAACAGGUAAAUAUAUGAUAUCAUAUAGGUUUUACAUUAAAAAUAACAUGUACAGGAAAUUAGAUGAAUUAUUAUCGAUUUCAAUGGUUUGCAAUUGAUGAUGAACGCAUAUAAGUUAUCACUGAGGCAAAUGCAGAUCCAAUAGCUUCAAAAUAAUAUCCAAUUAAGAAUCCAAAUGCAAAUAAAGCAAUUGCUUCUGUAAUUAGUUUUGGAUACAAAGGAGGAUUUGAUGUUUCUUUAACUGUAAAUCAUUGAUAUUAUAAUAGAUUACUGAAUUGACAUCUACACAUAUUACUAUAGGUAUUAGUAAUGCCAAUGCUAAUUUGAUUCAUCUUGGUUAUUAAACUGCACUGAUACCUGAAGAAAUUCUGACAUAAUUACCUUACAGAGUAGCUACAGGUUUUUACUCAACAUAAGUCUUCCCUAUUUAAGCUGAUAGUUACUUUAUUAUCCAAUUAAGUAGAAUGUCAGCUGGAAGUUCAUAUGCUUUUAGAUUUCUUAUUGACACUCUUACAACAGCUGAUCAGAUUUAUUAUUAAACAGCAACAUGUAAUAUAUUUUGCUUAAUUACUAAAGGGUCAUAUAGUGGUUAUCCACCAAAUACAAUCAAACCAUAUUGGCUGAAAUUAACUCUUGAUUUAAUAGCUGUCUCUAUGGAAUGUUUCACUGUUAGAGUUAGCAAAUUAUUUGAUCAUAAUUCUUAUUAAAAACCAUCAUUUCAAGUACAAUUUUUGAAGGUAACAAACUCUUCAGUACUAUUUGAAGUGAAACAGUUACAGUCAAUAAAUCAAAUUAAUUAGUUCAAAUCCAUAUUUAUUAAAAAUGUCCAUCAAAUAAUAAAAAGAUUCAUAGUGAAAUAAAUAAAUGCAAUAAUUGUAGUGGAACUAAUAAAAUUUAUAAUCUAAAUCAUUAUUGCCAUAAGAGUUGAUUUUAACUGGAACAAAUAAUGGAAUAUCUAUCGUUUAAGUUUUAAGAAAUAAGAUUGUAACACAACAGAACAUUAAAAGUAGACUUUUUAGAUAUAUGAAAAUAUUCAUAUUGUUCCAAUUUAAUUCUUUUUAUUAUCUUUAUUUAUUUGA